AUGGAGCACACCAUCCUACGAGCAUGUUCGCGAGCACCAAAGUUGGGAUGGUUUCUACAAUGCCAGAAAGGCUUCAAAGCUGGAGAUCCCAAAGCCGAGAUGGCAUUGGCACAGCCAGCACCUGAAGUGAGCUUCGGAAUCUUCUAUCCCUUUCGAUUCGGCUGCCCGCCCCUACGGGUCUUCCAUGCAGGCUUAGUUUGCGAGCAGCUGUUGCUGAACUGCGGGCAGUACUUGGUCGAAGCACUGACAGUGGAAGACCCGCCCAGACGCCGUGUGGUGUUGCCGCCGCUUCUGAAGUACUACGCUGCUGACUUCGGCAGCUCUCCGUCGAACCUCGUCACCUUCGCUCAAUCGACACUGGAGGCCAUGCCUGAAGCGAUCGACCGCCUCUCUACAUAUGGAGCAGUGAGCAGACGUGACGAGAUGCUUGGCUGCUCGGCCCCUGCCUUGGCCGUGCGCCUGGAGCAGUUGCGUGAGAAGGGCAGCUUCGCCUCAUUGGCUUCCUUCUCCGACUUCGACUGGCACCUUGACGUGCCCAAGGAUGUGCAGCUCCGCGACUUCGAAACACGCCCCAACUGGAGGCAGGAGGACGGCGUCUACCGCCGCGGUGGUGACCUCCUCAUCGACUAUGGAUGCCCAGGCGGGGCGGACAACAAGACCAUUGUCUACCACAACCCGUUCAACAAUGGGAAUCCUUCCCAACGGUCUGCUGAAGUCGAGGGUUUCCUCGUCAAGUCCGGGAUUCGGCGGGUCUUCAGUGGGCACCAGCCGCAUGGAGAGAGCCCCACAGUGGUGAGGCAUGUUCGCUCCGGACUACUCGUUGUCACCGCAGAUACAUCGUACUCCAACAUGAGUGCCUUGAAGCUCUUCAACCAGGCGAACAAUCGCGGAGAAGUGGUCACCACGGUGCGUUUGGCCGGAGAGGAGGUUCAUUUGGAGGGUGUUCUUCGUGACGGGACGAAGCACAAGUGCACUCUGCACUGCGACCCGAUGAAGGAUGAAAUGCCGGAUGCUUUGGUUGGCUGCCAGCUGAAUGAUGGAUCUUGGGUGAAGACGGUGUUGGAGGAUGGGCGUGUGCUUGCUGCGCUGGGGAAGCGAUUUCAGGUCAGCGUCCAGGCCAUGCAUCCGGGCAAGGCAUGCUUGAUGCUCAAAAGUGUCUACUCCGAAGAGCGGCUUUCGGUCAGUCUGAAGAAUCUUUCGGCAGACUGGCUUCUGGAAUCGGAGCUUGAGGUGCAGCUUUGUCCCGGGCCCGAGCCGAGCGGAUCGGAGGGGAUCGAGAACUCGUACAAUGCGACACAGUUCAAACGGGAGGAGUUCGACAGUGCCGAGACCUACAUUUUUGAUGGUCACGGCACCCUCUGGGGCGUGCGAGGCCAGUCGCAAUCCAUGUCCAAUAUGGAUUUGGAGAGGCAGGUCGUGGACAAUGUGAACCAGCUCAUCCUUGCUGGCAAGAGAGUCAUUUUCGCCACCAAUGAUUCCAACUACUCCCGGCGGAUGUACAUCGACAGGCUUUUGAACCACGGAAUCCAGUUGUGUGAUAACGACGAGCACUCCCGAAAGCUCGCGCGACAGAAGGUGAUUACAGCAUCGUUUACCUGCGCAUGGUUCCUGAAGAAGGCUCUAAUCCGAAAGCCCUUCGUGAUUUGCUCUCACCUGGGCCUUCUGGAGGAGUUGAAGGAGGCUGGUAUCACCGAGUAUGUCGCCACCAUCGACGAGGACGGCCACCCAAAGCCGGAGUACUCCAAGCCUGUGACGAAGGACAAUGUGACCGAGCUUGUUCAUCGUUCCAAAGAUGUCGAUGCGAUCGUUGUAGGGUGGGACCAGCAGCUCACUGCUCUCAAAGUGGCCGUCGCUGCAGCCUUCCUGAAGUUCAGCCGCGAAUGUGCAGAAGAGGGGCAGAACGUGAUGCAGAUCGUGCAGUGCUCAUCUGAUCAUGCGGGGGUCCUCGGUGUUACUGCGGAGGAUUUUCUGCCUGGACGCAACUGGUGCAACCGGAGCAUCCCGGCCGUCGGAAACGGAACCAUGUGCCAAAUGAUUUGCAACUCGGUGGGCGCGGACAUCCAGGCCAUUGACGUGGGAAAGCCAUCGGAAGUGCUGAUUGAGGCUUUGCGCCGGCCCGUAGAAGAGGAGGGCUAUGGUGUUGAGCUUGACAAGGCGGUGAUUGUUGGUGACACGCUGAACACCGACAUUGAACUGGCGGUCAGGAGCGGCAUGCGGUCGCUGCUUGUCCUGAGUGGUGUCACGAACCGCUCGCACCUGGACAACCUGAGAGAUACGACUUUCCGCCUGGGUGAGAUUGAGCAUCUCCCCGUAGGUGAUGCGGUCGUAGACUGCCUGAUCUCCAACUGUGUCAUCAACUUGUCUCCCGACAAGCCGCAGGUCUACCGGGAGAUGAAUCGGGCCGGUCAUGAGCGUCCCGAUGUGUAUCUACAGAGCCGAAUUUCCACGUUGCAAGCUCGCUCGCAGCAGCUGGUCAACGCCGACGAGACGACACGCAAAGGUUCUGGCAAGAAACUGGAACACGGCAGCAUCGGCGAUCAAGAGUUGGCAGCAACCACCGAGAUUUGGCAGAUGCCGUACAUGCGGCCGCUCAUUGUCUGCAUGAUGACUGUUGCGGGGGCGUCUGCUGAAGAUGAGAUGCGCAACAUGCUGAUCGAUGCAGGGUUUACUGACAUCAACAUUGCCAUCAAAGAGAAUGCUGCGGACAUUAUCAAAGACUGGAUCCCAGGCAGUGGAGCCGAGAAGUAUGUUACCAGCGCCUAUGUCACCGCGACAAAGAAGGCCAAAAAUCCCAUGCGAGACAAUGUCCGGGCUGUGGCAGGAUGCUGCGACCCCAAGGCUGGCAAUUACGUACAGUCGGCGCUUCUCGAGGAGAGAGGGGUUUAG